GGGUUUCUCCCUGGCUCAUCCUCUUUGUCAGCCAUCGCCAUGAGCCGGCCAGUCGGUGGCGCUGCUGCAUCUCCUCUCGCUGCGGCUGAGCCUCGCCUGCAUCCCGAGGGCAGCAAGAAACAACAGAGAACUUCGUCACCAGCCAGACCCAGGGAUAUUGCAGCUAGACAAGGGGCCACAGCCCGCUCGCUGGCAGGGGCUAGAUCCAGUGGGAGGCAGGUGGUGAAGCCCGCUCGCCCAUCUGCUCAGAAAAACGGCAACAAAGCCGAGGAGCAGCAUCAGCAUCAUCCUUCACCGAGCGCACCGGGAGCUAUCCAAGCCGGCGGUGGUGCUGAAAAUACACCAUCCACGGCGGAGACUGCAGCAGAGGGUAGAUCAUCACCAGGAGAACUGGAGGGCCACCGAGGAGACUCCCCUGACCGUUCAGCUGCGAGGACGGAGCCAAGCAGGGUGGCUACCCCUGAGCACACAGGGGAUGGAUCCCCAAAGAUCGCGAAGGCCAAAGGCAAAAGCGCCCCCAAAGGAGGGGAGGGGUCGCCGCCACAAGGAGCCUCUUCCAUUGCUGCUGCGAUGGGGAAAAGCCCCAAAAAGCAGAGCAGCGGAGGGGGUUACUGGAAGGAAGGAUGCCUGCAGUCCGAGCUUAUGCAGUUCCAUCUGAAGAAAGGCCUGGCCGCCGCCGGCUCUAAUGUACCCGCCAAAGGCAACGAGGCUGAGGCCGGCCCCGCAGAAAUACAACAGCGGGAAGAGAGAGAGAGAGAAGUUGGGGGGGAUCCCGGGGGCACCACGGGGCGGAGAGAAUUAGAAGACGAACUGGAGAUGCUGAGAGAGGAGAACGAGAGCUUGAAGACCGAGAUAGAGGAGAUGCGGACGGAGAUGGACGAGAUGAGAGACACUUUCUUUGAAGAAGAUGCCUGUCAGCUGCAGGAAAUGCGCCACGAUCUGGAGAGAGCCAACAAGAACUGCAGGAUCCUGCAGUACCGCCUCCGGAAGGCAGAGCGCAAGAGACUUCGCUAUGCACAGACAGGGGAGAUUGAUGGCGAGCUUCUGCGAAGCCUGGAGCAGGAUUUAAAGGUGGCCAAAGAUGUGUCUGUAAGACUUCAUCACGAACUUGAAAACGUGGAAGAAAAACGAACCAAGACAGAGGAGGAGAACGAGAAGCUUCGUCAGCAGCUUAUUGAAGUUGACAUAACGAAACAAGCAUUGCAGAAUGAGUUGGAUAAGCUUAAGGAGCUGUCACUAAAAAGAAGAGGGAGCAAGGAUGUGCAAAAGUCUGAAAAAAAAUCCCAACAAACUCCACCAGAGGAGGACAGUGAAGACCUGAAGUGCCAACUACAGUUUGUCAAAGAAGAAGCAUUGUUGAUGAGAAAGAAAUUGGCAAAAAUUGAUAAGGAUAAAGACAGGAUCGAGCAUGAGCUGCAGAAAUACAAGUCAUUUUAUGGGGAUCUUGACAGUCCUUUGCCAAAAGGGGAGGCAAGUGGACCUCCUACAACGAGAGAAGCAGAACUUAAAUUACGACUUCGUUUAGUAGAAGAGGAAGCUAACAUACUUGGCAGAAAGAUUGUAGAGCUUGAGGUUGAAAACAGAGGCCUCAAAGCAGAACUGGAUGAUCUAAGAGGAGAUGAUGACUCCAGUGCAACAAAUCCUCUUACAAGGGAGCAAAGUGAAUCUGUGUCUGAGUUGAGGCAACACUUGCAGCUUGUUGAAGAUGAAGCUGAAUUAUUAAGGAGGAACCUUUCUGACCAAGAAGAACAAAACAAGCGCAUCACUGCAGAGCUGAACAAGUACAAAUUUAAAUCUGGUACCCAUGAAAGCUCUCGACAUAAUGAUAAUGUCAAGACUGAAGCACUGCUGGAAGAGCUGAAGACAGCACGAUUGCAGAUUAAUGAGUUGAGCGGUAAAGUCAUGCAACUCCAAUAUGAGAAUAGAGUCCUCAUGUCCAACAUGCAACGUUAUGAUCUUGCCUCUCACCUAGGUAUAAGAGGAAGUCCAAGAGAUAGUGACGCAGAGAGUGAUGCAGGAAAAAAAGAAAGUGAUGAUGACUCCCGUCCUCCCCAUAGAAAGCGAGAGGGGCCUAUUGGUGGUGAAAGUGAUUCAGAAGAGGUACGAAAUAUACGCUGCCUCACCCCUACCAGAUCUUUUUAUCCUCCCACAAAUGUUUGGCAGAAGACCUUUGCUGAGAGACAGCAGAUGAAAGACAUUCGUUCUGAAGCAGAGCGUUUAGGGAAGACCAUUGACCGUCUUAUUUCAGAUACAAGCACCAUCAUCAGUGAAGCCAGAAUAUAUGUUGCAAAUGGGGAUCUCUUUGGAUUGAUGGAUGAGGAAGAUGAGGGAAGCAGAAUUAGAGAACAUGAGCUUUUAUAUCGGAUCAACGCACAGAUGAAGGCAUUCAGGAAAGAACUUCAAACUUUUAUUGAUCGAUUAGAAAUCCCAAAGUCCUCUGAUGAUCGGGGUGCUGAAGAUCCUCUUUCUGUUAGCCAGAUGUUCCAGCCUAUCAUUUUACUUAUUCUCAUCCUAGUAUUAUUUUCCUCUCUUUCGUACACCACUAUAUUUAAGCUUGUCUUCCUUUUCACCCUAUUUUUUGUCCUGUGAAACCUUUUUUUUCUACCAUUUUAUGUUGAUCGUAGUUAUUAUUUGCAUUUUUUUUUAUUUUGUCCACUCAUCAAGAUAAAACGUAAAAGGAAAUAUAGUUUCUGCUUUGGCCACUUUUACUACUGCUAUAGAAAACACUGAAGAUUGAUUUGCAUGAGCCAAUGCUAGAUCGACCCUGCAGUUUUUUCAGGUAAGUUAUUUACUAUUCUGUUCAUUGUCUGUAGUCAAAAGGGUCAUAAAAUCCAGCGGCGAACCUAGUAUUUGGCACCUGGGAUGAAUCCUGUAUGUGGCACCCCCUCAAAA